AUGAUAGAGAAAUUCAUUGAAGUUUUUAUGGAUGAUUUCUCAGUUUUUGGAGAUUCUUUUCCUAGUUGCCUACAUCACCUAGCCCUGGUAUUGAAGAGAUGUCAAGAGACCAAUCUGGUUUUGAACUGGGAAAAAUGUCACUUCAUGGUGACAGGAGGAAUAGUGCUUGGUCAUAAGGUUUCUAACCAGGGUAUUGAGGUGGACAGAGCUAAAGUGGAAAUUAUUGAAAAACUUCCUCCACCCGAUGAUGUCAAGGGAAUUAGGAGCUUUUUAGGGCAUGCAGGUUUUUACAGAAGGUUUAUUAAGGAUUUUUCAAAGAUAGCAAAGCCCUUAAGCAAUCUCCUUGUAGCUGACACACCAUUUGUCUUCGAUGAAACAUGCAUGUUGGCUUUUGAGAACUUGAAAAUGAGGCUAUCCUCUGCACAUAUCAUCUCCCUACCUGAUUGGAACUUACCUUUUGAACUAAUGUGUGAUGCAUCUGAUUAUGCAAUAGGGGCAGUGUUAGGACAGAGGAAAGAUAGCUCAGUCCAUGUGAUAUACUAUGCCAGCAAGGUCCUUAAUGAUGCUCAAAGAAAUUAUACCACAACCGAAAAGGAACUGCUGGCAAUAGUAUUCGCAUUUGACAAGUUUAGACCAUACCUCAUUGGUGCAAAAGAAUUUGAUAUUGAAAUCAGAGACAAGAAAGGAGUGGAGAACAAGGUAGCAGAUCACCUCUCCAGAAUCCCUCAGGAUGAAGGUGGGGGACAUGAUACUCAAGUGAACGAGCUCUUCCCUGAUGAGCAGUUGAUGAUAGUUCACAAGGCUCCAUGGUUUGCAGACAUAACCAACUUCAAGGCAACUGGGGCUUUACCACCAGAGAUACAUAAACAUCAGAAAAGAAAGCUCAUGAAUGAUGCAAAAUACUUUGUCUGGGAUGAGCCAUAUCUCUUCAAGAAGUGUUCAGAUGGAGUCCUCAGAAGAUGUGUUUUGGAAGAAGAAGGACGAGAGGUGCUAUGGAAUUGCCACAGCUCAAGUUAUGGAGGCCAUUUUGGAGGGGACAGAACUGCAGCAAAGGUUCUACAAAAUUUCAUGGGGCCAUUUCCAACUUCAUAUGCAAACAAGUACAUCUUAGUAGCUGUGGAUUAUGUCUCCAAGUGGGUGGAGGCAAUUGCAACUCCAACAAAUGACAACAAGGUGGUUAUGAACUUCCUCAGGAAGAAUAUUUUUAGCCGGUUUGGAGUCCCAAGAGCCCUCAUCAGUGAUGGAGGGAGCCAUUUUUGUAACAGACCAUUAGAGGCCCUUCUCCUACGAUAUGGGAAAGGAUUGGACGAUUGGUUAAAGAAGCUGGAUGAUGCUCUUUGGGCAUACAGAACAGCAUUCAAAACACCACUUGGAAUGUCCCCAUAUCAGCUGGUGUACGGUAAAGCCUGUCACUUACCACUGGAGCUAGAACACAAAGCUUUAUGGGCUAUCAAGAUACUAAAUUUUGAUAGCAUUGCUGCUGGUGCAAAGAGAAUCUUGCAGCUGCAAGAGAUGGAGGAAUUCAGGUCACAAGCCUAUGAGAAUACCAAGAUGUACAAGGAGAAGGCAAAGAGAAGACAUGACUCACAUCUUGCACCCAGAAGUUUCGAAAAGGGGCAGCGAGUGCUCCUAUACAAUUCCAAACUAAGGCUGUUCCCAGGAAAACUCAAAUCAAGGUGGUCCGGGCCCUUUCUUGUCACAAAGGUCUCGCCGUACGGGCAUAUAGAAGUCAUGGAUGAAGGGUCAGAAAGGACUUUUACAGUGAAUGGACAAAGACUCAAGCAUUAUCUGGGUAACAUGGGGGAAAACCCCAGAAUGAAAUACCAUCUCAAGUGA